UACUAAUCUUACUUAUAUAAAUUUAUAAACUUGAGUUAUAAGGGAAUAUUGAGUAUUUUUUGAGUUAGUUUUGUGAGGUGGGAGGCCGCGGGGCUAUUGAUGUAAACAAAGUACAGGGAUGGCUCUCUCAACAAGUGAAUUAACCAAACUUCUCGGAAUUUUGUCAGAAGAGUCAGCAGAUUCAUCAACCUUAGAACAAAUAACACAUCAGAUUUUUCAAAAUUUUACCAAAGAAGAUUAUUUCAAGUUGGGAAGUGCUCUCGUAUUCCUGUUGCAACAGCCAGACCUCCUGCCAAGUCCAGCACAGCGACUCUCAGCAAUAACCAUCUUACAUGAGCUGUAUCGUGGAGAACCUCCACCAAAUAAUCCCUUCCUUCCGAUCUUUGUAAACAUCUUGCACCCGCCUGAUGACGUGGCUAAAGGAACGGGUAAAAAGUUGGAAUAUGCUGGCCAACUACCAAAAAUUAGCCCGCCCGAAAUCGUCUUUCUUUCCACCCUUAUUACCGACAAAAAUAGUAAAGAGUUAUUAAAGAGAACAGCAGCACAAAUAAUGAGCCUCGAUGUUACAAACCACCCGCCAAUUGACACCACUGCCCUUAGACUGAGCUUAGCAGAACUCCUCGCAGAACGUCCAGAUAUAGCCAAGAGUGCCGUCCCCAUAGUCUACUCCCAUCCACAGCCGUCGCCCAGUUCAGGGUUGUUAAGUGAGGUUGGUCAGGUGAAGAGAACCUGUGAAGCAUUACUCUGUGGUCCAGUGCCAACUUUAGCCCAGCAGUAUUUUACACCAGAAAUUAUUAGACUAACUCCUCCACUACACAUAGCUGAAGAUGAGUUAGUAUGGAUAACUUCGGUUGACCGCGCUGAAUACAAGAUUAUGUACGAUUCAAGCAUGUGCGUCCUUAGUGGUGGUGAUGCAGAGGCUAAACGAUUAAUGGCUAAGGCCUUCAAGGAGACGUUAUCAUUACCCCAGCAACAGCACCUCCUGGCUGAGCUAGACAAGGACCCUAGAAUGGUUUAUCACACUGGCUUAACCCCUCCCAAGCUACCAGAUCUGGUGGAACACAACCCGUUAAUUGCGAUUGAAGUUCUACUGAAAUUAAUGCAGUCGAGCCAGAUCACCGAGUAUUUUAGUGUCCUCGUCAAUAUGGAGAUGUCCUUGCAUUCCAUGGAAGUAGUAAAUAGAUUAACAACGGCCGUGGAGUUGCCAUCGGAGUUUGUACAUCUAUAUAUUAGUAACUGCAUCAGCACCUGCGAGACCAUAAAAGAUCGCUACAUGCAGAACAGACUGGUGCGACUGGUGUGUGUGUUCCUACAGUCUCUCAUACGCAAUAAAAUUAUCAACGUACAGGAAUUAUUUAUUGAAGUUCAAGCAUUUUGCAUUGAAUUUAGCCGAAUCCGUGAAGCAGCUGCCCUCUUCAGGCUCCUCAAGCAGCUAGACUCAGGAGACACUCAAACUACACAAGAACCUGCAAAGAAAUGAAACCACAUGAUGAGUUGCUUCCAGCUCUCCAGAAACAUAUCAGAUAUGAUGACACAGACACCAAGAUGACAGGAAGCAAAGCCAGCAACUGGGUACUUCAGAAUCUUCAUAUUUUUUUAUUUUUUAUUAAUAACAAAAAAGAUAAAUAUUUGGAUUAUGGAAUUUUGAUAUCAGAUUUGAGAUGCCAGGCAGAGGUACUCAUACUUAUUUAAGACUGAAUUACUGCUAAAUUUUUUGGGGAUAAUUUGAUCAUUUAAACAAUGAAUUGACCAACAGUUUGUCAUCUAUCAUUACCUAAAAGAGAAAAAGAAUUGACAUUUCAUUUUGUCAUCUUGUCAUCCUGUACAAAAACAUGAUAUUCAUUCUCAUUAAAUCACUUUCUUUUUAGGAUACAAAUUGUACCAGCCUACAAUCUAUGCAGAAACACUUAAUUAUCAGUCAUAAAAAAUCAGAAAUCUAGUUAAUUCAAUUCAGUAAAAUGUUGGUUUCAUGAAACCAAAGGAUCAUUGUAAUUACUUUCACUUUGUCAGGAAUCCAAGAGAAUGGUGAUGGUAUUUGCAUAUUUGCUUACAGUUUGCAUAUUUGGUUAAGGUUAGAGGCUAUAUGUGCACCACAAUAUUAUACUGUACUGUCAUAGUAAAUAGUAAAUAUGUACACCAGGCCAUACAAAACAACAUAUGCCCUUACAUCCACAGUUCAAUAUCCUAAACCAUGAUCCUCAAGAAAAACUCCAUGCAAGGUAGACGACUGUGAAGGAUGUUGUUAACAAUAAGAACACACUAUUGCUCCCUGUAUGUUCCUAUUGUACAGUUAGUGUCAGUUUAUUAAUGGAGAACUUUGAAUUUUAUUUUGAUGUACUGUAUUACCAUAAAACUGUGGUGCCAUAGUACUGCUGUUGUCACCCUUGACAGUCAUACCCUGAGACAUGUGUUCAGUUCUGCAAGCGGGCAGAAUGGGAGGGACAUUAUUGUUCAUGUGUAUACAGAGCCAACAGACACAAGUCCCAGAAUAACUAAUCCUACAGACCUGGGAAUUGGCAUAUAGACUGUUUACUUUUUCUACAACAAAACCUCCAGACAGCGGGAAUCUUAGUAGUAUUAUAAGAGCCCUUAUUUAUAACACUUAAUCACAAGGCCAUAAUGAUAUUUUUGCAUUUGGGAGAGAAUUCCUGAACUAGUCAUGCAGGUCUCGAAUUUUAGCAAUCUGCAUAAUAAAAAAUAUUUAUAAAGUAUAUUUUGAAUGUUGGGAAUAUAUGGUCAGAUUGAAUAAUAGUACAGAAAACCGGAAAAGUAUAUUGGAAAUAAAAAAUAUACCAAGAAAGUGUUUGAGAAUCAAGUUUCAGGUACUUAACUGGUUAAUUUAGAAUACGAGGUCUGUCCGGAAAGUAUCCAGCCAUUUACUAUUAGAAAAAAUAUUGCUUACCUAGGACAGUGGCGCCUUAGUCCCCUUCUAAGUACUCCCCUUGGGACCUCACACACUUCUCCCAGUGUCCCUUCCACUUUUCAUAACAGUCUGCAAAGUCCUCUUUCGGGAUCUUCAUCAGCUGCCUCAUCGCAUUCUCCUUAAUCUCGUCCACGGUCUGAAAUCUCCUCCCUUUCAACGGCGAUUUUAGCUUUGAGAAAAGCCAGAAGUCGCAGGGAGCCAAAUCUGAGCUGUAAGGGGGCUGAGAGACCUGGGUGAUGCGAUGUUUUGCCAAAAAACCCUGCACGAGACGUGAGGAAUGGACAGGCGCGUUGUCAUGAUGAAGCUGCCAGUCACCACUUGCCCACAGCUGCGGUCGUUUUCUUCUUACCACAUCCCUCAGCCGGCGAAGAACUUCGAUGUAGUACUCCUUCGUUAUUGUUUGGUCAUUGUAAAUGCGACGGUCACACAGGACCCACGCUAACUCAACGGCGUCUGCUGGUCAACUGAGUUGUCCCACGGGAGUGUGGCUGUUCAUGCAUGCGUUGUACGGUCCUCUCUGAGUGACUGCCAAGUUACAUCAAGGCCGUACGACCAAUUUUCACAAUAUUCACAAUGGCUGGGUACUUUCCGGACAGACCUCGUAUUAUUCUUUUCUCUUUGGUUGACAUUGUUGUUACAUUAGAAAGGAAUUUUACUAUCAGACUAUGCACUUGUGAGGUCCUCCCAGAAGCCUUAUAGUGUAUUCAUAUUGGAUUUCUAAAUUGUUUUAUUUUGAUAAUAUUUUGUAGUGGUAACUGAAUAAUUCCUGUUAUAAUAUCAAUACAUAUUAGAGGUUACUGAUAACAACAUUAUGACUUUAUGUCUGUAGAUGGUUCAGAGCAACAUUUGCUUAUUUUAUUUAUAUUCUCCUAAACACAUAACCUAUUACAGGUAGGGACCAUUUAUCUGGCAUGCUUGGGACCUAGGGGUUGUUGAAUAGGUUUUUUCCAGAAUUUGGAGUGCCAGGCCUAAAAUGUACAGUAAACCCUCUGUAACUGGCUGUGAAGCCUUUGUUUAGAUCACUAGAUUCGCCCCUACAAGUAACUUUAACUAUACACUGUUACAUUAUUAUUUAAAAUUGUAGGCAUAUAAAUAGCAGUAAUGAAAGUAUAUACAGAGGGUCCCCAGGUUACGAAUGGGCUCCGUUCCUGAGGAGGUUCGUAAGUCGGAUUUGUACGUAAGUCGGAACACAUGCUAUAUGCAUGCUGUACUGUACUUACAAAAUAAUGUUUAAAAUCCGACUAUAGCCUGAGUCCUUAUAUACAUAAAAAAUCACUUAAUUUAAGACAAAAGAAGAAAUAGAAUGAGAAAAUGCAGUAAAUGAAAGUGAAAAAUAAGACAUAGGGAAACAAAAUACUGUACUGUAAAUUUUAAGUUUAACCCCGUUCGUAUCAGUGGGCGUUCGUAAGUCAGUGACCCCCUGUGCAGUAAAAAAAAUAAAUAAAAAAUAAUAAUAAUUCGUACCCCAAAUUUGAAACGCUCACAAUUCGUAAUUUUUUGCCAGCCAUUUUAAAGUGAAUUACAAAUGAAAAUUUUGUCUGUGUACUGACUUUGGGACUCAAAAGUACAUAAUUUGACCACAUUUUGGUACGACUGAGGCGGUCGUAAGUGAGGGUGGACGU